AUGCCUCCACCACCACCCCCUCCAUCAACGGAAAAUGUCGCAUUGAUAGCUGCUGUAACAGCUGCAGUAACAGCGACAAUGGCCCAAAUGAGUAACAAUGGAUCUGGUGGAGGAGUGAAUAGUUCUAUGAAUGACCAACGCCCAGGUCUUUCAAGGGAUUGUACAUACAAGGAUUUCAUGAAUAGCAAACCCAUUACUUUUAAUGGGGCUGGAGGAAUAAUGGCUCUAUCACAGUGGAUAGAGAAAACUGAAGCAGUUUUUGAUAUUUGUUCUUGUCCGGAAGGGAACAAAGUGAAGUUCGUUGCCUGCACAUCAUCAGUCACUGAAGAAGUACAUGGAGAUCCAAACAGACAUCACACCUCAAAUGUGGGGGAUUCUGAUAAAUUUGCUCAUAUAAGUAAGUACAUAAUUUGCCUUAUUCUUUAUGUAUAUUUGAAAUUUGAUUUGAUGCAAUUAGUCGGUCUCACAUCACUUUUGUUAGCAUCCAAAUAUGAAGAUUUUUGGCAUCCACAGACGAACAAUGACUCCACCACAGGCAAAGUGAUUGAGUUGGACCCCAAUAAGACUCUUACUAUGAGGAGAGUUGUCACAAAACAAACCAUCGGCAAAGAGUUGCUCUACAAUUUCAUCUUGUUCACUAAUACAAUGGUGGAACAAGGAAUUAGCCAUAAGAAGUCUGUUGAUCCCUCCAACAUCAUGCCUUUUGUAAAAGAAGCUCUUGAUGGAAUUGAGUUUGCUAGAGGUGAUCCAAAUUCAACAUGGGCAUCUGUUAGAGCUGCUAUGGGACACCCAAAGCCUUUUGAUUUGAAAUAUGUUGCUAUUGGAAAUGAGGAUUGUUGGCUUAAAAAUUAUCGGGGAAAUUACCUUCAGUUUUAUGCUGCAAUUCAAAAAGCUUAUCCAGAUAUUAAAAUGAUAUCCAAUUGUGAUGGAUCAAAUGGUCCAUUGGAUCACCUUGCUGAUAUGUAUGAUUUUCAUAUUUACACAAAUGCAAGCACUGUAUUUUCUAUGGCUAAUACCUUCUAUCAUACAUCACGUGUUGGGCCCAAGGCAUUUGUGAGCGAGUAUACUGUGACAGGAAAUGACGCUGGUUCUGGAAGUCUUUUAAGAGCUCUCGCUGAAGCUGGAUUCCUUAUUGGUGUAGAAAAGAACAGCGAUGUUGUUGAAAUGGCGAGUUAUGCACCUUUGUUCGUGAACACCAACGAUAGGCGGUGGAUGCCAGAUGCAAUAGUUUUUUAUUCUUCUCAAUCAUAUGGAACACCAAGUUAUUGGAUGCAACAUUUCUUCAAAGAGUCAAAUGGUGCAACUCUUCUAAAGUCAACUCUCCAGUCAAACUCAUCCAUGUCACUUGAGGCUUCUGCUAUUGUGUACCGAGACACAGAGGAUGAUAAAAACUACUUGAGACUAAAGGCAUAUAGGGACUCCUCAUUGCAGGAUUGUAAGAAAGCAUCUAAAGCUAAAGAUGUUGAGGUUUUUCUCUGA